AGUCUGAUUGAUGACACAUUUUAUUUCAUCUAAUCAUGGAUAUACAGAUGCCUGGAGGAUGGAGCAAGGUGGAGCCCGCCACACCAGAGGUGAAGAAAAUCACCCAAGAGGUGAAGGAACAAGUUGUAGCACUCUCACAUGGAGCCAACUUUAAGGUUUUCAAUGCGGUAAGCUUCUCUUCUCAGACUGUGGCAGGAACAAACUAUAUAAUCAAGGUGAAUGUUGGAGGAGAUGUAUGCGUUCAUGUGAUGGUAUUUAAAGCUAUUUCUUCCCAAGAGAAGCUGAAGGUGCAGAGAAUCCAGCACCCUAAAAAACGCAGUGACCCUCUGAAGAACUUUUGAAUAAUAACAUACAAACAUCAACAGACACUGUGUCUUAUCUUGUAACAACAUUGUAACAAUAAAGAUGCUACAGUGGCUUGUUACAAUAAUAAACUCAACAUCCUGAAACCUUAGUGCCUGUGUAAAUGUGUUUUACUGUAAACAACAAAUUACAUCAUCGUAAUAAAAAUGUAUUGUGCUGAUGUAUUUGAAAAUGGACAUAUAUCAUGAUUAAAAAAGAAAAGGAAAUACAAUUCU